AUGAGUGACGCUGAGACACCGAAAACAACCGCAUUCACUGUCGAGGCCUACUCAAACCGACAAGUGCGGCUAACAGACGAGCCAAACUUCGAAAAUGUAGCUUCUGUUAGGAAAGCAUCCAGAAUGGAGCCACUCCACAAUGCACAGUCUUCCUUCUUCGGCGGCUUUACCAGUCGGACUGUUCCGCACUCUAAGUAUCACGACAUUCAAGUAUACCAGGCACGAUUACAGCUACCCUGGUGGAUGUCAACGAGACUCUGGGAUAUUCAGUCAUACCGAGCGCAUGCUGGAUGGAAGUUCUCCCUGAGAGUUUGGACAGUCCGACCUCGCCAUACUCCUAUAUUCGAUCAUACACGGAACGGCGACUGGACACUCGCGCUACGUGAAAUCGAGGAGCAUCGGGCAUCUUUGUUCGACCGUGACGAUCAGGGAGCCACACUGCUUUAUUAUGCAGUCAGUUGGGAAAGAGUCGAAAUCAUUCGUCAUUUGCUUGGUAUGGGUUUACACUUCGACGACAUGGAUGGCCAAAGCUUUGGUUUCGUUCCAUAUUUACGCAUUUUACGCUUAUGCAAACCGAACGAAAUAUUGGAGCUCUUCAAAAUUUGGGUUCACGUCGCCCUCGAUGACUGCCUGGAAGAUUAUUUUACCCCAGGCGAGACCACCGCGAAUCUAUCUGCCAUCUCUAGCUUUAUAUGGACCGAAAACGAAGUUCACCAAUACAUAACGAGAAGCCUGGCGACCACGUACUAUCAACUCCCGCUGAAAGUACGUUACGCGCAUUUAGACUGGUUCCAUGUCGACCCACAGAUCCUACUACACGAUAUACAGCACGAUGGAGGUAUCAAGCCCGCUGACUUCAGUGUGAUUCUCGAUACACGAGUAAAAAGCUCUCUAGAGAGCCUCGUAACGUGGUACGUAAUGAUGCAGGACUCCGAUGAGGUGUCUAGCUGGAGAAAACUUGUGCGGUGGGUUGUUCAAGGAGUGUCCUCUCAAAGGCUCAGCAUGCAGAUGUCUUUUGAUGCCACCGAGGAGAAACCCCGUUAUUACACACCACUCAUUUCCGCGCUUUACAAGACUUUUUGGGAUCACUCAGAAUAUAAACGCAAAACCUGCCUAUUUCUACGAAAGUGGCUGGAGGACGUGCAGAUCUCAGGUCAUGACCUCGAAGAAUACGGCCGUCGAGAGAUGGAGUAUCUCAAGCGCGAGGUGCGGCUGCAAGAAGAACGUUUGAGCACCCGGUUUGAAGGUAUGAUCAAGCCUAGUGUGCGACUGGUAUCUUUCACUUAUGGGCCAGAGCCUGGAGACUGGAACCUUGUCUGGAGUCUGGAAGCUGAGGAAUACGCCGGCGAGUUUUGGGAUCUGGUCGAGAAUCCACCUUUACAUCUUCCGGGAGGAUGGGUGGACGAUGACAGUUCGGACGAUGGCUGGUGA